AUGAUCCCAAACAACCGGCUUGCGAUUCUGCUAAAUCAUGUCAAGCAAAAUCAAAUAAAUCGCUGCUUAUAUCAUAAUACUGCAACACCACCAUCGCUAUAUUCCGAUCAUAUGUGCGAUAGGAAUGACUUUCCACUUCGAACUGGAGUUGAGCUGCGCCAGCAUUCAGAUGAGGUCUGGUACUGCCAAUUCUCCCAUGACGGCUCAAAGUUGGUCACGGCAGGGCGGGAUCGUCACGUAUACAUCUAUGACACAUCCAAUUUUUCUGUGUACCGGCAGUUGGAGAAGCACGAGGAGGGUGUUGCGCACGUCAGUUGGAGUCCGGAUGAUAGUAAAUUGAUCACGUGCUCUCAGGAUAAGAAAGCCCGUGUCUGGAGUGUUGAGACCGGCCGCUGCCUUCUGACCAUCAAUCAUCACCGGCAGCCUGUAACGGCUGCCGUAUGGGCUGCAGAUGGAGAGUCCUUUGUGACCGCGUCCCUUGAUUUAAGCUCCCAACUAUGCCACUGGAGCAUGCGAGGCGAUCCCCUGUAUACAUGGCACGGUGGCUUCAGGGUUCAAGAUUGCGCGAUCACUCCUGACGGCCGUCGGUUGAUCGCCGCGGACGUUGAGGAAAAGAUUCACGUUUAUGACUUUGCGACUCACGAGGAGGAAUAUUGUCUCCCACUGAAGAGCAAACCCACUUCUGUAACUGUCAGCAGGGACUCACGAUAUAUGCUCGUGAAUUUGUCUGAAGGUCAGAUACAGCUGAUCGACCUUGAUACUACAGAGGUUAUCAGGCGUUUUCAGGGACAAAAACAGGGUCAUUUCGUCAUCCGAAGUGCCUUUGGUGGUGCAGCUGAAAACUUUGUUGUCAGCGGUAGCGAAGAUUCCCGGGUCUACAUAUGGCACAAAGAAAAUGGUACGCUAGUAGAAACGUUGGAGGGUCAUACUUCAGGUUGUGUCAAUGCGAUAUCCUGGAAUCCUACAAAUCCUUGCAUGUUUGCAUCUGCAGGUGAUGACUACUUUGUCAGAAUUUGGACCCGCGAACGUGACAUGCAGCGAUAUGCCCCAGCUAAUAAAGGCGAGGCGGUAUCAGUGAAUGGCUCCGCACGCACGAGUGCGCUACGAUCAACGUCAAAUUUCUGA